GAGAGGCUCACACACCCUCUAAUCUCCUCAACACUCCACACUGUCCUGCAGCACACAUGCUUACAAACACACACACACAUACACACUUACACUCACACACACACACACACACUCCAGAUCUCAUUCUCCUCUCUCUUGAACUAAACAUGCUCUGUUGGGAAUUAUGUUUAGCCCUACUGAUCACCGGUUUCUCAGUGUGGGCUCUGCCUUCAACUAACAUCAAGAUCACACAAGCACUGCCCCUGCAACUGUCAGACUCAAACCAUCCUGUGACAUGUCCGCUCUUCUGGACUGAAUUUGAGGGUUACUGUUACCGCUUCUUCCCCUUGAACCGCACGUGGGCUGAGGCAGAUCUAUACUGUGCCGAGUUCUCAAACGGACACAAAUCUGCUAAACUCACCUCCAUCCACAGCUGGGAAGAAAAUGUGUUUGUCUAUGAUCUUGUGAACAGCCGUGUACCCGGAAUUCCAACAGAUAUUUGGAUCGGCCUUCAUGAUAGAAGACAGGAGGGCACUAUGGAAUGGACAGAUGGGUCACCCUAUGAAUACAGUUACUGGGAUGGAAAUCAACCAGAUGAUGGCAUCCAUCGCAUCCCUGAGGAGGAGGACUGUGUGGAGAUCUGGUACAGACAAAACAGUGCACUGAGGUCUUGGAACGACAACAGUUGUGAUAAGGCCUUUCCAUUCGUCUGUAAGAUUCCUACACUGGAAACCUAACUUCAGAUCCAAGAGUGUUUAUCCAAUUCUUUACGAUCAACACUGACAUCACAACAUCACUCAAUCACAGUGCAGCAACAAGAUGUCUGCUCGUCUCCAUCCUGCAGUGACGAAGGGCUCUUUCCAGCCUGCUAUGAGCACUUCAUUUGCA